AUGUCAUUAGAGGAUGAUGGAGAGAAGCAGAUUUAUUCUGUGUUUAAUUUACCGGAAGUGGUUUCUAAUGUUUUAUUAAAUUUAUCUGCAAGGGAAAGAGCAAAGUUUCGUCUCAUCAAUUCGAAUUGUGAUCAAGUAUACAAAAUUGAAGAGGAAUUAUUAUUUAUUAAAUUAUGGACAAGAUAUAGAGAUGGACAUUCGUUCGGAUAUCAAGAAGAAACACUUUCUAAUGAAGAAUUGGAGCAUUAUCAAGAAAUUUAUGGAAAUUUACAAUUUCAUUUGCGUGUUUGGUUGACUAAAUGUUCAAAUGGAAGAUAUGAGAGGGAAAAUUCAUUGUUAUUGAGUAUUUGCAAUAUUGGCGAUUGGAGAUUUAUUCAAGAUUGUCCAUUUGUGAAUGAAGAUUUUCUUGAAGAAUAUUUAGAUUCGAAUUUGGUAAAGAGUUUAGUUUGUGUUCACAUGGCGAAAGAAGUUUCGUAUUUUAUGGACAUGAGAAGUGGAAUAUUCUACCAAAAUGUUAAUAUUAAAUCUACUUUGAAUUGGAAAAGACUUGGAACUAUUCAAGAAUGGUUAGAAAAUAUGCCCUUCGAUAUAUUAGGAAAAUUAUCAAUGACUAAUAAGGGAAGAAAAGUUAAUUAUCUUGCAAAACUUAUGAAAGCAAUGGAAGGAAAUAAUAUUGAGGCGAUUAUUUCUUUAUUGAAACAGAAUUUAUGUUUAUUUCCCUAUUUAAAGGAUCAAUUUAAAAGAAGGGAAGAAAUUUUACAAUUUUUAUUGGAAAAUAACGUUUAUGGAACAUCAAUUAUUGGUAUACACAGUUAUUUACCUGCAUUUAUACCGUAUGAUUUGAGAUGUGAUCCAGAUUUUGUAUUGAAAUAUUGUAAAAUUAUUGAUUUUUAUUAUUAUUUACCAACUAAAUUAAGAAAUGAUACUGAAUUGAUCAUUAAAAUAUUGGAAAUUCACAAAGAUGUCACUAUUCAUCUCAGUUCAGUACCAAAAGAAUUAUUUUCUGAUAUUAGGGUUUUGAAAAUAUUAAGAAAACCAAUUAUGGAAGAAUUACAAUACAAAGAUUUCCCACAUUUGGAAAUUGACACUAUUGAAAAAUUAAUGAUAUUUGGAGAUUGUAAUAUUCUAUAUCCAUACAUAUCUGACAAGUUACUCAAUGAUCAAGAUUUUAUCAGGAAAUUUUUAAUUGCUCAAUAUGGAGAGGAGUAUAAUGUAAAUCCUACAAAUUUGGAAUCUGUUAAACAUCCAUUACAAAUGGUGUUUAUUGACCAAUCAUUGAGAAGUAACAAAUCAAUCAUGGAAAACCUCUCACAAUACCAUCUUUUAUAUUUAUGUGGCGACUUGAAAAGAGAUUUUGACAUUUUAUCAAAAAUUGAAAAAACAAGUAUUCUAAAGAAGGUCAAUCCACUUUUAACAUUGGAAGAUUAUCUUGAAAUAUUUAGAAAAUUCAUACAAAGAUCUCCAACGAAAACUUUUACAUUUUACUAUUAUAUUUCAAAUUUACCAACAAAAUUAUUCAAUUGUAAAGAGGUUGUUCUGACAACAGCAAAAUUAUACAAAAAGUAUCUUGUGGUUUUAAGUAAGAUUGGAAGUGAAUUAUGUAAGGAUGUGCAGUUUUGGAGGGAAUUGUUAGAGGAAACUUCGUAUGUUGAUAUUGGAAGUUUCGUCCCACAUGAAAUUCGAAACGAUCCAAAAGUUUUCCUCAAACAAUUGAAAUAUCCUGAAUUGCAAAUGUGUUCAAAAGAGUUGUUGGAAAAUGUUGAAUUUGUGGAGGAGUUUUUGGUUGCCAAUAAUCAUUUCGAAUACAUUUACCUUUCACCUAAAAUGAGAUCAAAUAAGGAAUUAUUCAUGACAUUAAGUGAGAAAGAUAUGGAACUAUUUCAAUUUGCAUCCCCUGAUUUAUUUGCCUAA